AUGGACCAGCCCGACGAGCUCAUACGCAAGAUACUCGACGAAAAGUCAUUGGAGGCUCUCAGCACUUUAAAGCACAUAAACAAGGAGAAGGGAGAGGCAUUGCAGAGUGCACUCAUGCAGCACUUCUAUGCCACAAGGAGGCUCAUCUCCUACAGUGAGUACGUUGAAAUUGCAAAGAAAAUUGAAGAGAAAAACUCAAAGCCCACCAUUAACUUCAAGAGAAGAGGGAACUUUUUCGAGCUGGAUGACAUAUAG